AAUCUUAACCGCUGAUAGGACUAGGAGAAACGUUGCUCAUAUAAGGUGGUUAUGAUGCUUACAUACCACUUUUUCUGCGGUUUGUUACAGUGUCUCAUAGUACUGUAUUGUGCUCCAAGCAAAAUGUAAUAUCCGUGCAUUUUUUUUUCAAUAAAACUAUGGAUUAGCAUGCAGGCGCAGUUUGAUAUUAAUGGAAGAGAGAACCUGCUCUCUCACUUGAAACAAUCCUGACGUCUGAUUGGACGAAACGUACGUCAGCCUUACUAUUUUCUACUAACCGUAUUCUAUAUCAUAUUAUAGCCGCACUAUACAAAAUCGAGCACUUGUAACUUCCGAAUUCAGUUAGUGGAGGUGGGAAGACAUAUCCUGUUAUUAGCUACGUAUAUGAAACCGACAGUUUUACCUGUCCACUGAAAUUGCCUAUUUUAAAGAUGGCCCAGUGGUACCGGUUGCAGCAGCUUGAGUCUAAAUACCUGGAGCAGGUGGGUCAACUUUACGAUGACACCUUUCCCAUGGAGAUCCGUCAGUAUCUGAGUCAAUGGAUUGAGAGCCAUGACUGGGACCUCGCAGCCACCAAUGUCUCCCUGGCAACUGUGCGAUUCCAUGACCUCUUGGCCCAGUUGGAUGACCAGUACAGUAGAUUUGCCCUGGAGAACAAUUUUCUGAUGCAGCACAAUAUCCGCAAGAUAAAACGAAACCUGCAGGACAACUUCCAGGAGGACCCAGUGCACAUGGCAAUGAUCAUCUGUAGCUUCCUUCGGGAGGAGCAGAAGAUUCUAACGGCGGCUGAACAAACAGAGGAUAAAGUUGGAAAUGCACAAACCAAUGUAGUUGUGGGGAAACACAAGGAACUGGACCACAAAGUGAGAGAUAUAAAGAACAAAGUUCAGGAGAUUGAACAGAAGAUUAAAUCCCUGGAAGAUCUGCAGGAUGAGCAUGACUUUAAGUACAAAACACUGCAGAGUCGAGAACAUGAAGUGAAUGGCACGAACCAGAGGGAGAUCAAACGUGAGGAGAUGCUCAUUCGGGAGAUGUUCAUUAAACUAAACAUGAAGAGAGAGGAGGUGGUGAGGCAAAUGGCGGACGCCCUCAACAUGGUGGAACAGGUAGAGUACACACUGAUCUCCGAGGAGCUGCCUGAAUGGAAACGGCGCCACCAGAUCGCCUGCAUCGGGGGAUCACCAAAUGCCUGCCUGGACCAGCUGCAGACUUGGUUCACCUCUGUGGCUGAGAGCCUGCAGCAGGUUCGACAGCAGCUGAAGAAGCUGCUGGAACUGGAGCAGAAGUACACAUACGAGAACGACCCCGUCACACAGAAGAAGAGUUUCCUGCAGGACCGCACGCUUUCGCUGUUCCGCAGCCUCAUCCUCAACUCCUUCGUGGUGGAGAGGCAGCCCUGCAUGCCUACACACCCACAUAGACCCCUAGUGUUGAAGACCGGUGUGCAAUUCACAGUCAAACUCAGGCUGCUGGUGAAGCUCCAGGAGUUUAAUUAUCAACUGAAAGUAAAAGUCGUAUUUGACAAGGAUGUCACAGAGAGGAACACACUGAAGGGGUUUCGUAAGUUCAACAUUUUGGGCACCAAUACCAAAGUCAUGAACAUGGAGGAGUCCAAUGGAAGCUUGGCUGCAGAAUUCCGUCAUCUGCAACUGAAAGAGCAGAAAGCUGCUGGUAACAGAACAAACGAGGGACCAUUAAUUGUGACUGAGGAACUGCACUCCAUCAGCUUUGAGACACAGCUUUGUCAGCCAGAUCUUGUCAUUGACCUGGAGGUCAGCUCGCUCCCCCUGGUGGUCAUCUCCAAUGUCAGCCAGCUGCCCAGCGGAUGGGCCUCAGUCAUGUGGUACAACAUGCUGUGCAGUGAGCCUAAGAACCUGUCCUUUUUCCUGAACCCUCCACCAGCCCGCUGGAGCCAGCUCUCAGAGGUCCUGAGCUGGCAGUUCUCCUCUGUUACCAAGCGUGGGCUGAACGCUGAGCAGCUAAGCAUGCUGGGGGACAAGCUUCUGGGUCGGGAGGCAGCCGGAAACCCUGAUGGUCUCAUCCCCUGGACCAAGUUCUGCAAGAAUUCCAAUGAGAAGAAUCUGGCCUUCUGGCUCUGGAUUGAAGGAAUCCUAGAUCUCAUCAAGAGGCACCUACUGUCACUAUGGAAUGAUGGGUGCAUCAUGGGAUUUGUGAGCAAGGAAAAGGAGAGGGCCCUCCUAAACGGCAGGAGCCCCGGUACCUUCCUGCUGCGGUUCAGCGAGAGCAGCCGAGAGGGAGCCAUCACCUUCACCUGGGUGGAGAGCUGCCCUAACGAUGAGUCCCAGGUUCACGCGGUGGAACCCUACACAAAGAGGGAGCUGGCUGCCGUCUCCUUUCCUGACAUCAUCCGCAACUACAAGGUCAUGGCCGCUGAGAAUAUUCCGGAGAAUCCUCUGCGCUUCCUCUUCCCUGACAUCCCUAAAGAUAGUGCCUUUGGGAAAUACUACAGCCGCCCACCAGAGACAUCUGAGCCAAUGGAGGUGGAGGAUCCAAGCGGGCAUGGCUACAUUAAGACGGAGCUGAUCUCUGUGUCUGAAGUUCCUCCUUCUAGACUUCAGGACUCCAUCCUGCCCAUGUCCACAGAAAUGUUUGGGCAGGUGUACGGAGAGGUCUCGCGAAUCAUGAGCCCGGCGGAAAUUGACACCGUGAUGUGCAAUUCAUUUUCAACCUAAUUGGACUCUGUCAAACUGAUCCGAAGGCUGGUGAAAUUUUCCACCUGUCAGCAAAGGAAAUAUCUUCAGAAGAUGAGUGCUAUCCACACCAUUUGUAUAGGCUUGUGAUUAGUUUUACUGAAAAAAUACAUUUGACCGAAUAUCAACUGCAGUUCAGAAUGAGAAACUAAUAAUAAUAAUGUGUAUUUUUAUAUAUUGCAAUGGCACAAUAUAUUGCAGUAUAUUUUGCUUUAGAUUUUGCAUUAGAUAAGAAAAAUACAUUGCUGUGAAAUAUUUCCAAUAUGUCCAUAUUUACAGGGCAUACAUUUCUGAAAGGGUGGUAUGAAACUGCAUGCGAUAUGAAAUUUUUGUAUGCAUGCAUGUAAUAAGAUUGACACAUUACUCUGAAUCAAUGUUUAUUUAUCGCUUUGGAUGACAGAAAUACUUAAUGGUUAUAUCCUUUAAGACUUUUGCAGCUCUGCCAUUUAUAAUGUUCAGUCUGUUUUUUUGUUUUUGUUUUGCAAAACCCAUAAAGAAAAAAAAAAACAAAUACCCCAA